AGCAAUCGUAGGUAUUAUUAUAUAUAAUUAUAUAUAGACUGAGGGUUAAAAACAAAUUAAAAAAAAUAAUCAAAGGAAUCUUAGCAUCUGAGGCCCAUAGAAGAUUGAAGAUCACAUACUCUAACAAACGUAUCUGCUUCAUUUAUCAUCCAUUACCACCUUAAGCAGCCUACCAAAGUUCUCGAAAUACAAUUGUUUUGGAAUUAUGUUUCCUUUACAACCAGGAAAUGAGCUGUGUUUCAAUAUCUCCUCUGAUUCUAGUCAACAACAAAAUCUCCGACAAGAUCUGAUAUUGGGUGAUCCUCAACUACUGCUCUAUGCCACCACUAAUGAUGUCACAGUACUGGAUAAAACAAAGAAAAGUCUGCGACGAAAAUCAAUGUCUAUGGCCAAUAAUUUUGAUGUUAUUCCUAGCCCUAGGAGUGAUGAUAAUAAGAAGCUGAUGCAUAGAGAUAUUGAACGACAACGAAGGCAAGAAAUGGCUGCCCUUUAUGUUUCUCUUCGAAAUUUACUCCCACUUGAAUACAUCAAGGGAAAACGUUCGAUAUCGGAUCAUAUGAAUGAGGCUGUGAAAUAUAUAAAAUUUCUAAACAAGAAGAUCAAAGAACUGGAUGAAAAAAGAAACGAGUUAAUUGGUAUGAGAAAUGUUCCCCUACAAGCAGGAAAUUCAAGAACUUGUUGCCAAUCCAGGGGAGUUCAAAUCCGGCCAUCUUUGGGUGGCAUUCAGAUUGUUUUUACCACUAGUGGUUUGAAGGAGCAAGACCAAGGCUUGACCCUAUCAAAGGCAUUACAAGUACUUGCUGAUGCAGAAAUUUCUAUAGUUAACUGUGUUUCCACCAGAGUGCACGAAAGGGUUUUUCACACCAUACAAACUGAGGUGGAAGAUCCAAAUUGCUUAAAUCUAUCCGAGCUGCAGAAGAAAUUAACCCAAUCUUGAUAUAGUAAUGUUGAUUUAAACAAUAAGAAUGUUUGGUGAUUGUUGACCGCACGAUAUUGCAUGCAAUUCUAACUUCUUGAACUAAAAAUUUAGUUUUAUUACCAAUGAGCUGUAGAUCAAAUGGUAUAAGCGCUAGGCAGCAAAUUGCUAGAUCGUGGGUUCGAUUCCUCCCACAAGUGUUCCCCCUCCCCAAUUAUCAAAAAAAAAAUUAGUUUUAUUCUAUGC